GUUGCCAUUGUUUUCCUAUAAUGGCCAACAAAAUUUAUUUCAAAACAAAAUGAACUACUCUUUAUUCUUCUUUGGGUAUGUUGAAAUAAUCGAAUAGAAAAUGACAAAAUGUAAUCUUUCCCAUUUAGUCGAACAAUAUUGUAGAUUUGUAGUAACAGUCAGAGCAUGAUCCUCAAAUUGCAUCGACGACCUCACAAAAAUGUUCGGUUCAAAUUAAUUUGAGAUAAUUUCCGGUCCGCUAACCGGAAAAACCAGAAGACGCCACGUGUCGAUUACACCUCACCCAAAACGGCGAUACACACACACUCCAUAUAAGCUUUCCUCCAACCUUUACGACUUCAACAACGUGUUUGUGACUUUGUGAUUGGAUUCUCCACUCACUGCUCCAGAUUUGAAUAAACACAACCUAAACAAAUCGAGAGAGUCAGAUAUGGCGGCAACGAAGUGGCGUGACAUCGAUGAUCUUCCCAAGAUUCCGGCCAACUACACGGCGUUGACUCCGCUUUGGUUCCUUGAUAGGGCUGCCGUGGUUCAUCCGACCAGAAAAUCUGUGAUUCACGGAUCGCGAGAGUACACGUGGCGCCAGACUUAUGACCGGUGUCGCCGACUCGCCUCCGCUCUCGCCGAUCGAUCAAUCGGUCCCGGUUCAACGGUGGCUAUUAUUGCACCUAACAUCCCAGCAAUGUACGAAGCUCAUUUCGGAGUACCAAUGUGUGGAGCUGUUCUGAAUUGUGUCAACAUCCGUCUCAAUGCCCCAACAGUCGCUUUUCUUCUUAGUCACUCGCAGAGCUCUGUUAUAAUGGUGGAUCAGGAGUUCUUUACUCUGGCUGAGGAUUCUUUGAGACUUAUGGAGGAGAAAGCUGGAAGUAGCUUCAAACGCCCGCUUUUAAUCGUCAUUGGUGAUCACACCUGUGCUCCUGAGUCACUUAACCGGGCUUUGUCGAAGGGAGCUAUAGAAUAUGAGGAUUUUCUUGCAACCGGAGAUCCAAAUUAUCCGUGGCAGCCACCAGCUGAUGAGUGGCAGAGCAUCGCUCUUGGUUAUACCUCGGGAACAACUGCUAGUCCGAAAGGAGUGGUGCUUCAUCAUCGAGGUGCGUAUAUAAUGGCUUUGAGCAAUCCUCUCAUUUGGGGGAUGCAAGAUGGUGCUGUUUACUUGUGGACUCUCCCUAUGUUUCAUUGCAACGGUUGGUGUUUCCCUUGGUCCCUUGCUGUGCUCUCUGGUACAAGCAUCUGUCUCCGUCAGGUUACGGCGAAGGAAGUGUAUUCAAUGAUAGCCAAAUACAAGGUAACUCAUUUCUGUGCAGCUCCUGUGGUCCUCAACGCUAUUGUCAAUGCUCCUAAAGAAGACACUAUCCUUCCUCUUCCCCAUACAGUCCAUGUCAUGACAGCAGGAGCUGCUCCUCCACCUUCUGUUCUCUUCUCCAUGAACCAGAAGGGCUUCCGAGUCGCUCACACCUAUGGGCUUUCCGAGACUUAUGGUCCUUCCACCGUAUGCGCUUGGAAACCCGAGUGGGAUUCCCUCCCUCCUGAGACGCAGGCCAAGCUCAAUGCUCGCCAAGGUGUCCGCUAUACUGGCAUGGAGCAGCUUGAUGUCAUUGACACUCAGACCGGAAAACCUGUUCCUGCAGAUGGAAAAACCGCAGGAGAAAUUGUUUUCCGAGGGAAUAUGGUGAUGAAAGGCUAUCUAAAGAAUCCGGAAGCGAACAAAGAGACAUUUGCUGGUGGGUGGUUCCACUCGGGGGAUAUUGCAGUGAAACACCCAGACAACUAUAUCGAGAUCAAGGACAGGUCAAAGGACGUUAUAAUCUCUGGGGGCGAGAAUAUCAGCAGUGUCGAAGUCGAAAACGUAGUGUACCAUCACCCCGCGGUUCUUGAAGCCUCUGUUGUGGCCAGGCCAGACGAGCGGUGGCAAGAAUCUCCGUGUGCGUUUGUGACACUUAAGAGCGAUUACGAGAAGCAUGACCAGAAUAAGUUGGCUCAGGAUAUAAUGAAAUUCUGCCGGGAGAAGCUUCCGGCAUAUUGGGUCCCAAAGUCAGUGGUGUUUGGGCCGUUACCAAAGACAGCAACUGGAAAAAUUCAGAAGCAUAUUCUGAGGACCAAGGCCAAAGAGAUGGGACCAGUACCAAGAAGCAGGUUAUAGGAAGUGAUAAAGCUUUAAGAACAACAUUUUGAAAAUAAUGUGUUGUAUGUUUUUGCGGAACUUUGCCUUGUGUGUAAACUUUCAAAUGAUAACAGAAAAUAUUCUCUUUAUUUUCAACGCUUUCAUUGUGUUUAUAAAUCGUUUACUCUUGAUUAAUAACAGCGAUAAAGAUUGACAUACUAAUAGCAAUGGUAUAAACAACCAUACUUAAUUAAGUCCACAGAAAGAUUUACACACUCUUGCAACAGCUUUUCUCACAUUAAGCAACUCAAAACAAUGGUGCUUUCACGUAACAAACAUUGGCAAAACACACAUGAGUCAUACACAUACAAUAAACAAGGUAUAAAAAGUCAACACUUGCCUUCAAGGCUCAAACUAUUAUCAGAUCCCAGUCCCCAUAUUAAUGAGGUCAAAUAUAAAGAUAAGUGUAACAAUAAAAGCAUAGUCGACAUUAGGAUAAAUUGUAGCCACUAAUCUCUCAUGUCCUU